AUGGUUCAUUUAGUUCAUUCAAGUCUCAUUUUGUAUGCCUUAAAUUCUCUAAUUAUUGGUCAAGAACAAUUCGCUAUCAGAAGGCAUCUAUUCUAUACAUCCAGAGUCGAUACCUAUGGCUAUGGAUCAUUCCAAAAUAAAAUUUCUAAUGGCUUGAGUGUUCCAAAUCUAUGUAAUUCUAAUCCCAAUAACGUUUGGGCUGGCGUUGGCCAUCAGGCCUCUGCCGAUAGUAAUCUGAGAAUUCCUUUUGGUGUCGGGUUUGCCUCUGCUGGUAGAAGCUGGAAAGUCACUUUAUGUCAAAUGGAUAGUGAUGGCGAUGGUAAGGCAAAUGUUGAAGAAUUAGGCCAUCCCGAUUGCCUUUAG